AGUCUUCUUCACCACCUUAGCCACUCCAUCCUCGUCCUUUUAUUUCACCAUUCAAUGGAAGAAUCCCAUAAAGAGUUACAACUACUUUCCACCCCACACACUGCACCUUCCUCAUCAGCACGGCCACCGUAUUCUUCCAGGAAAAUCCGAUCAACUGAUCGUUUUCAGGGUCCAUCAACACUAGACCUUCAACUGUCAAUAAGUGUUUCUCCAUUUGAACCACCUUCAGAAAGUGUCCUAAUAAGAAAAGUUAAUCAGAAGUCGAUUUCUAGCCGGGUCGAGGCAUUGAAAUGGCAUGCAGCCGAGCAAAUUCGCUUAGCAGCAAUGGAGGAGGCUUAUGCAGAGCGUUUGAGAGAGCAUACAAGGAAGGAAAUGGAGUUAGCACAGUCUGAAUUUGCACGUGCACGUAGCCUGUGGGAGCGUGCUAGGGAAGAGGUCGAGAGAGCUGAGAAAAUGAAGGAAACGGCCACUCAACGGUUAGAUUCAACAAGCAUGGAAAUCACUUGCCAAUCUUGCAGGCAAAUGUUUCAAUCUUAAAGUGACAUGACAUUCGAGUUUUGGGAACUUGGAUUUGAACCCAUAAGAGGAAGGAGACAACUAAAUUGGUUGGAUUGGAAUUGCAAGUUUCUGUAUGAUGAGUAGUUUGCUGAAUCUUUUAUUUUUUGGAUUGAUUAUAUUAUCAAUUUUUAGACAAAACUCAUGUUAUUACAUGUAGAAGAACGAGAAAAAUGUACUUCAUGGAAGCCUUUUGAGAUUUUAAUUAUUGAAUAUACCUUUGUUUC